CUGGUCACUGAUGACGUGACGCCGAAAUCGUAAUCAAAACUUGAGAUAACACAAUAUUUUAGAAAUUUUAAAUGAAAUUGAAAUUAUCCCAUCUUCUUUCAUCAGUUUCUCGCCGGAAUAAAUACUUCAAGGAAUAACAAUGACUUCCGAAAGCUUAUUCGAGCCAACUUUAUACAACAUUAAAGGCAUAGCUAUAUUAGACAACGAUGGCAAUCGAAUCCUGGCCAAGUACUACGAUCGUAAUGUCCUUUCAACGGUCAAAGAACAGAAGACAUUCGAGAAAAAUCUGUUCAACAAAACACACAGAGCCAACGACGAAAUCAUCAUGUUGGACGGAUUAACUUGCGUAUAUCGAAGUAACGUCGACCUAUUUUUCUACGUAAUGGGCAGUUCCUUCGAGAACGAGCUGAUUUUGAUGACCGUACUGCAAUGUUUAUUCGAAUCACUCAGUCAAAUUCUGCGUAAAAAUGUCGAAAAACGAGUCCUAAUGGAUAACUUGGAUAUCGUAAUGCUAGUCCUCGAUGAAAUAUGCGAUAAUGGAAUAAUCUUAGAAGCUGAUUCGGCUUCGUUGGUACAAAAAGUAGCCCUACGAACGGACGAUAUCCCAUUGGGAGAACAAACCGUAGCCCAGGUGUAUUGGAGUGUUGCAGAAUUGGAAGAUAACAAUUAGUGUGGUCUGCUUAAUAUAGGUAUUUCAAUCGGCGAAGGAUCAAAUCAAGUGGUCGUUAUUGAAGUAGAGAUUUGGCGACUGUGAUAUUCAACAGAUGAGAUUCCAUGCGUUCCAUACGUUGUAUUAAUUUUCUCGUGUUAUUUGUUUAAAUUAUUGUUGUUCUGUAUGAUAAGAAUUUAACGUUUCUUUACCCAGGGAGAAGUGAUUGGAUCUGGUCAGGUCUGAACAGAUCUAAUCCGAUCUUAUCUAAUCAAGAUUAGAUCAGUUCAGGUCUGGUCAGAUCCUAUCGUGUCUUCUCUAUUGAAUCUGAUCAGAUCCAAACAACUCUGAUCUGAUCAAGUUGAAUUGGAUCUGAAUGUUCGGAUCUGACCAGAUCCAAUCAACCCCCCCCCCCCCCCUCCUAAGUAGCAAGUAUUUCAAGAUAAACAAUUGUUUACCUAUAGAUCAUUGGUUCGAAUUUUGCGAAGUAUUCUAAAGUUAUCAUUUCAUAUUUUGUGAUAAGAAUUCAACUUGGUGUAUCCACAGGAUUUUAAAUUGCCAUGUGUAUCAUUUACCUACCGAAAUUGUCUCCUUUAUGUAUUUAUUAAAUAAAUAAUAAUACAAUUUAAAUCCGUAAGAAAA